CUUAAAACAUACUUCCUUGUUUCAGUAGUUCUGAUUCAACUUUCCUGGAGAAAAGGUAACAUUUGUUUGCAUGCAAUUCAUAGAAAUAUUGUAUUGCUUAUGGAAUUACAAUAGAGCACAUUAACAUACAGUAGAUUAUCAUAGCUAAAUUCAAAUGUAGUAUUUACUUCUUAUUACUUUAAUUCAUGGGUGAACUAACUUACAAAGAGUAUAACGUUUUCUUUAGUAUCAGCAUGCAGUGCUGAAAUGUACUCUAUGUAAUGUACUCUAAUGUACUCUAAACUGCACCAGUAGGGACCAGUUUUCCUUUUGUUUCUGCAAUUUAAUUAACAUACAUUGAUGGAUACCAUAAGUAGACUAAAUUCCUUUGACAUAUUUUAAGUUAAAAAAUAGCUUGGAAUGACCCUGAAUGUUUAAAGAAAAACUGACUUUCUAAAAACUGAUAUUCUUUUCAUUCAAUGAUUUUAAUUCAAACUGCUGCAAUAGCACAUUAUUAAUGUGCUCAAUAGCAUACAUACAUACAUAUAUAUAUAUAUAUAUAUAUAUAUAUAUAUAUAUAUAUAUAUAUAUAUAUAUAUAUAUAUAUAUAUAUAUAUAUAUAUAUAUAUAUAUAUAGCUCAAGAUAUUGGGGGAGAUACUGAGGUUAUUAAAUAACACCUGAAACUGCAAAAUUUUGCCAUUGUAUUAAAAAAUACAUUUGAAUGUUUUUUAAAUACAGUUUGGGUUUAAUUUUAGAUUAAUAUGGGCUUUUACAAUAUUUUAUUUUAUUAAGCACUUUUUAAGAGGGCAGUGACAGAGCAGAAAAAGUUAUUUUUUCAAGUUAGAAGAGUGUUUGCAUAUGUAUUGUGAAUUAAACUCCUCAUUUACUUAGAAAUAAGAGGAUUAUUAGCAGGUCUGCAGAACCCCAGCUACAUACAUGUAAUCUUUACCCAAUGCACAUUGACUGACCCAGUAUGAUGGAUGUUGGUGUAACUCAUAGUUAUUAAAGGGCCAAUUUGAUGCAUCUUAUUGCAAUUCACUCCACACAUUCUACACACUGUGAAGGGAGGAAUAAAGGAGCUGAUUAUGAUUGGAUCUAUUUUUCCAAUUGUUUAUUUAUUAGAAUAGUUUUUUUCCCCACAGUGGGUCAUUAAAUUAGUUUGCCCAAAAUAAUGUAUGUGAAUAAUAUGGGUCUAUACAAGUUAAUUCAUAUAAAUUGUAAUUAGGCAUGUGCAUGGGAAAAAUUUUGGUUCGGUUCGGCAUUCCGAAAUACGGGACUUUGGCAAUUUGGCACUUCAACACUUCGGAAAUUCGGGGACUUCGGGACUUAUCUUGCAGCCGCUUAGUACGGUAUUAGGGAGUUAUCUAUCAAAAGUCUGAAAGACCUAAAUUGGUCUUUUAGCCAAAUUUACUAAUACUAAGUACAAAUUACUUAGUAUUAGUAAAUUUUGCCCCUACUCACUAUACAGCCCCAAAAAAGGCCAAAUAAAAAAAUCCAUAAUAACCGAUGCAAUAAAAAAAAACAAUAAAUAAACGACCGCAAAAAAUAAUAAUCCAUCUUCAUCCAUGGAGGGCUCCGCGCAGACUUAUAAAGCCUUGCCCCGCCCUGCAAUUAGGCUCAGAGCACUCUGAUUGGUGGGUUUAAGCCAUCCAAUCAGAGUGCUCUGACAGGUAAAUGAAGAGACUGACAGGUAAGUCUCUACAUUUACCUGUCACAGCACUCUAAUCGGUUGGCUUGAAAUCCACCAAUCAGAGUGCUCUGUGUCAUUUUACACAGCGUGGAAAAUUUCUUUGGAAUUUCCCCACACUGUGUAAUUUGACUUAUAACUCUCUGAUUGGUUACUUAAUCCACCAAUCAGAGAGUUAUGAAUCAAAUUACACUGUGUGGGAAAAUAAGCCUUCCCCCGCCCCAGAGGAGCUCAGUCUGCGCGGAGCCAUCGCAGGGUGAAGAUGGAUUAUUUUUUUUGCGCUCGUUUUUUUUUUGCGUUGGUUAUUAUGGAUUUUUAUUUGGCCUUUUUUGGGGCUGAAAAAAGAAGAUUUUAGAAGAAAGAAAACAUUGAAUGGUAAGUUUUAUUUUUUUUUACAGGUUUUUAGUUAAAAGUCCCCCCCUCAUUAUUUUUAGGGUGAGGGGGGAGGUAGGGGGUUAUUUUCUUAAGGGGGGGGUGACUAGGCGUUUGGGGACCCCUAGUCAUCUGGGGGGGUAAGUGGUAACAUUUUUAUUUAGGGCCCCCACCCGCCGCUCAGAGGUCGGGGGGAGGACAAUAGGUCCCCCCUAUUGGUAUUUAAGGGCCCCCACCCCUGAGCGGUUCUCCAUUAGGUUCUCCCCCCCUUAUUAUAUUUUAGGGCCCCCACCCACUGCUCAGGGGUGGGGGCCGGGGGGGAGGACAAUAGGUCCCCCCCUUAUUCCAAUUUACAGCCUCCACCCACCGCUCAGGGGUGGGCACCAGGGGGGAGGACAUUAGGUCCCUCCCCCUUAUUCCAAUUUAGGGCCCCCACCCCUGAGCGGUUCUCCAUUAGGUUCUCCCCCCUUAUUAUAAUUUUGGGCCCCAGCCACUGCUCAGGGCUCACUGUUUACGAGACAUGCCCCUACUCGCGGUAUAGCGAGUAGGGGCAUAAUUUACUAAUACUAAGUAAUCUUUACUUAGUAUUAGUACAUUUGUCUGAAAGACCAAUUUAGGUCUUUGAGUCUUUUAGUAGAUAGCUCCCUAAUACCAUGGGAAUUAGGGAGUUAUCUACUCAUUCAUUCCUGUCAUUACAUUGACUGGCUAAGUAACUUACAUUUUAUAUGAAUGUAUGUUACUUGAUUGUUGUAAGUGUUGCAAAUGCUUACAGCUGGAUCCUGGCUAUGUUUGUAUACUUUUUAUUUAAAUUUGUAUAGAAUGUAACAUUCUUCUUCUUUCACUGAGUAAGUAUAUUAGUACUUAGGCAAUACUGUACUUUGGCACUUUGACACUUCGGCAAUUUCGGAACUUCGGGACCUCGGCACUUCGGACAUUCGGAAGUACCCGAAUGUCUGAAUUGCCCAAAAUUCAUCCGAAUUGCCCAAAAUUCGUCCGAACUGCCCCGAAAUACGUCCAAAUUCAUAUUCAGACCGAAAUGAAUUGCACAUGUCUAAUUGUAAUUCAGUUGGAUACUAUGUCAGUAUGACCACUAUUAAAUAUGGUAAAUGCUCACGCAGUUUAAUGAACUAAAUUCAACACAUAUGCUGCUGUUAAUUCAUUAAUUCAGCAUUCAUCAAAUAAGUCUCCCUGUGUGGAUGUGCUAAUAAAACCAGUCCCUGCGAGGCAUAAUCUCCUAGAAUAUUAGGGUUUGCCUGGUAUGUAAUUUAAAUAAUAUAACACUGUGUCAUUUCAAAAAUGUUCUAAAUAUUACCAUCAAAACAUGACUCACAACUGUGCCUUGAAGACAGGAUUUGGCUAGCCCUGCCCUAAGGCACGAGGUAAUGACAUGUGGGCCUUCAGGUGUUGCAGAAAAAACUCCACAGAUCCUCUGCCAUCUAGUGGUAAGUUACAUAGAUGUUGGUGGUGAUGGACACCUGGCUAUAUGGAUUACAGGUGCAUCACUUAGGAGAGCUACAUUCCUGUGCUUUACCAUAUUUAAAAACUCAACAUUUUGCUUGGCAUCUCAGGGUUUUACCCAACAUAACACUCUGAGCAGCAUAACACUACAUCUUGUUGUUGUGUAUAUAUUGCCUAGAGCAGGUGUAGGCAACCUUUGACACUCCAGAUGUUGUGGACUACAUCCCUCAUAAUUCUCUUACACCCAUAAUGCUGGCAAAGCAUCAUGGGAGGUGUAGUCCAAAAACAUCUGGAGUGCCGAAGGCUGCCUAUGCCUGGCCUAGAGUGCCUGGGUGCGUUUCCCCAAGGUUUAUGUCAAACUGUAGAAGCCAGUGAGAGGAAUGAAUUAAAGUACUAGCAACUGGAAAUAGCAACUGCUGCUCAAGAUGACGACUAACAACAAUCUCAGGCAGACAGGGGCCCACUGAUUGUCAGUGAGGUGUAGCCGAUACCUCUGUAGGCACAGCGAACAAGGAGUACACAUUUAAUAUUUAGCUGAUACAUAAUGGGGAAGGGUAUAUUGUAUUACACUUUUUAAAUAUAACCUGUUUAAAUAAUUGUAUGCUUGACGAUCAAUGUUCUUAAUAAAUGUUCUUAAUAAAUCACAACACUGAUCAUUCAUUGAUUUAAGAAUAUUUUUAUAAUCCUUAUAUUAUUAUUUCAAAUUUCUUGUGGAUCAAUUUUAAUUUCAAGUUUUGCAAAGGCAUACAGAAGAAGGUUCAUUAGCACAAAUGUGCAUUAGAGAUAAUGCAGAGUGUAGAGGAACAGCUUAUCGUCUACCCAGUUUGACCGGGAGCUCAUUUCCCUGUCCCCCCAGGCAGUGAAAGGUGUGAGCAGCUCCCUGUCAGAACAGGUUGAAGAUAAAGCCUUUCCCCUACUGCCAUCUGCAAUAUCACACUACAGAAGCGUGUGGCAAAAGGGAGAAGUCAAUCUUGGGAAAACCACCCUCGUCCUCCCUUAGCUAGUAUGGCAACAGUACACUCAUAUACUCCAUCCUUCCACCGGUGCACUCAAACACAAUACAUUUUCUUAUUGUAGCACCUGUGCUCCAGGCAAAUUAUAUAGAUAUAGAAAGAAAGAGAUAAGGUAAUUACUAAAAUAUAGAUGGGGAGUGUGGUUAUAGAGUGGGCUAUUAUUUCAUUAAGAUAUUGCAAUGGGUAUUGUAAAUAUGGCUUUUGGAAAAAUGUGGAAUAUGGGCCUUUGGAUAUGGAAUGGGAGAAUAAUUAGAAUAAGGAAAUUUAGUUUCAAGCGAGAAAAUAUGGCAAAAAUAUUCAGUUAGAGGACUUAUAGCUUUAUGUGAUGCAUGAUUGUGCUGCAUGGCUGUGCAAGCACCAGAAUGGACAUUGUCGUUAUAUUUGAUCAGAGAUCUCCCUCCCCAGUCCGCAGGCACUGUACUGGCAGCCGACAGGAGAGGGAGGGAGAGAAGACCCGGAGCUCAGUCUGCAGCUCCUCCGGGUCCUUCUCUCACGAGCACCGAACAUUGCCGUGGGUUACUCUAGCCCUGGAGCUACGGGCUACAGUUCACUCUCACCACUGGGACCACCAGGGAUUCCCCACAAACCACCAGGGAUUGAGAAUUGUAUUUAUUUUAUCAAAUAAAAAAAAAAAAAUUAUUGAAAAGCCUCCCUACCCUCCUUCCACCCCAUACACACACUGCCCCACAUACACACACUGCCCCCCCACACACACACUGCCCGCCACACACACACACUGCCCGCCACACACACACACUGCCCCACACACAUACACUGCCACCCAUACACACACUGCCACACACACACUGCCCCCACACACAUACACUGCUCACCAAUACAUGCAUUGCCCCACACACACUGCCCCCAUACACACACACACACACACACCCUGCACACACAUACACACAUUGCCCCACAAACAUACACUGCCCCACAGACACAUACAGUGCCCUAGACACACUGCCCCCCCAUACACACAUUGCCCCACAGACCCAUACAGUGCCCCACCAUACACACAUUGCCCCACACACAUACGGCCCCCCAUACACAUUGCCCCACAGACACAUACAGUGCCCCCAUACACACACUGCCCCACAACACACACAACAACCCCCAUACACACACUGCCCCACACACACACAUACAGUGCUCCCCAUACACAAACUGCCCCCAUACAGACACUGCCCCAAUACACACAUUGCCCCCAUACACACAUUCACUGCCCCAUACACACAUUGCCCCCCCACACACAUACAGUGCCCCCAUACACACACUGCCCUGCACACACACAUACAGUGCCCCCAUACAUACACUGCUCCCCAUACACACAUUCACUGCCGCCCCACAUACACAUACAAUGCCACACACACAUACAAUGCCCCAAACACACAUACACUGCAACUCUCACACACUGCAGGUCACACAUACACACACACACUGCCCCACACAUACACUGCCCCCUAACACACACACACUGCAACCCUGACAUACACUGUCGCCCUCACGCAUUCACACACACACUUCACUGCUCGCACACUACACCCCCCCCACACACACACUGCACCUUUGCCCUAUAUCCCAGCAGAGCCCAGUUCUUAAACGGUUUGACUACUUACUCUGGGAUGGGGUCCUAGCACUACUGGCACCAUAACUACUACACUGAGCUGUAGUGGUUAUUGUGCCUAGAUUAUUUUUUUAAAAAUUCUACAAGUGCCCCUUCUGAGAUCAGGCUCUGGAUGUGCCACUGUGUGUGUCGUCCGGUUACUGGGUGGGGAAUGGUGUGUCGUCCGGUUACUGGGUGGGGAAUGGUUUUCUCCGUACUAUAAAGGGUUCUCUUCCAGGGACAAGACGUGGCUGAACCAGGACAACCGGGCGAGUUAUCAGCAGGCCCGCUACAGUCUCUAUUAGCUCUUCUUUCAGAAGCUCACUAGUAUGUUUAUACAGAGUUUCUUACUGAUCUGACAAAGGCUGGCUGCUGUAAUAGCUUGUCUGAGGAAGUGCAACAGUUUCUCAAACUGAAUAUCUUCUUUUUAUAUUUGUUAAGUAUAUUUUGUAUCUAGUACAUUAAAAAUGAUGUCACUCUCUGAAGUGUCCUUUAAUGAAGACUAAUUGUCAUACAAUAAAUUUUUGUGCCCAUUUAUAGUUCUAUGCAAUCCAUAGAACCACUAAAAUGCUUAAUUGUUAGACGUGAAAAUAUACACGUAUGUUGCUGAUGGUUGCAAAACGUGUAUUAAUUUCUCUGCUUUAGGGGAUUAUCUUCAAUACAGUAUGUAAUUGCUGUUACACCUAGUCACUCUGGCAUUGCUAAUUUCUGUGGCAACAGAUUUUAGAUAGUGUUCCAAACUUAGGCAACCAGUAACCUGUUAUAUUGCAUUCUGCUAUAUAUACACAACAUGUUAAUUAAUAAUUUAAGAGUUAUGCAAACUCAACAAGCUAAAUCAUGUUUCUUAAAUAGCUUGGGGAUUUUUUCUAGAAUGUAAUAUUUAAUUAUAGGCUAUUGAAGAGUACUGGCAAGCAUUGUUCUAACCCUGGAAUUGAGGAGAAUUAAUCAUAGACUUGUGCAGGGCAAAAAAAACAUUGAUUCUUCUGAAACACUUCAGCAAGAAUAAAAUGCAUUUGCAGAAUUUAGUUCAUGCUGCUGUAUAGCUUAGAUAGAUUUUUGUUCUGGAAGUAAAUCUGGAAGGGAGGACAUUUGAACAGCCAAGCAAACAACAGGAAUAAAGGGGACUAAGACUGUGCUGACAUUUAAAACAGCUACAGUAUUGCCAUUUCCUAAUGGGUACGCAAUGACAGCGAUUUUUGCCAUGUUAAUUCUGAGUUGCCAAACUUACAUUUAUGUAUCAGAAAAAAAAAAUGAUAGAAUUUAGCUUUAUAAUGAUUGAUUGUAAUCUUCUGCCUUUACUAUCUUGUAUCAAAGAAAAAUGUGGUGCAGGAGUAAUUUUUAAGUAAAAUAUAAAAGGGGGAUUUAUCUAAAAAAUGAAAGGAAAAAAAAUCAGUGGGCAAUUGACACCCUCUCACCGCUCCCACCCUGACAAAAACAUAAUUUUCCCACACAUUCAGUCUAUAACCUCAGUGACCAUCCUUCAGCAUGGAAUAAAACAGUACUCUAUCAGCUUCUCCCAACUGUGUCUGCAGAUGUAACAGGCAUCACAAGAGUGCUCACCACAAUGAAAAAUGGGGAGCAACAGCAGGAUACAUUAAAUUGAAAACUAAAUUGUAUUCACCACACGAUUUUAAAAGGCUUUUACAAAUAUAGAAACAACUUUGAAGGGAGAGAUGAGUGGCCAAUUAGAUCUCAACAACAAGGAACUGAUGACACCUCAAGUAUUAAACUGAAAAGCAGGGUGAGAUUGGGAGAUUGAUCUUGAAUUUAUGAGCAUUGUGAAUUCAAACUGGUCUCUGUAACAGAAAAAAACUUGCUCAUUUUGGACAGACACGGAGCAGGGCGCACACUCUUCAUACCAUCACAUAGCUCAGAGUUUCUUCACUAGGAAGCAAAUUAGGUUCUAAAUGCAUUACUCUUUCAUAAGAGAAAAAUUAAGUAAGUUGAGCACUUAAAAUUAAACAAUGUAGGGGGGCAAAGAUGGAAUGGUCGGAUAUAGACACUGCUCCAACACAAGCAGAGUCUAAAGUGGCAACAAAAGCAAUCAGUAAACUGAUGAUCCUAUUGGUAUUAGGCGGAGAUGGCAUGGAAUAAACCAAGAAUGCACAAACCAAAUUAAAUCCUUAUCUUCUACUGGAAUCUGCCAAAAAAAACUGCAUUUGAUGAUGCUUUGUCAUUAAAGACAUCUUGGGUGAAGGACCAGGCCACAGAGCAUGCUCUUUUGGCUGAAGCCUUCCUGGAUUUGGAGGCAUAUACAGUCAAGAUGAAAGCCAUACUGCAAGACUUGAGAAAGGUUUUUCAAACCAACAUUUUUAAACUCAGUAAAACAAUUUAGGUAAGAGGACCGACACACUUGAAAUAAAUGUAGACAAAGUGGUACAUUCCUACAACACAUAAUUUGACAUACACGAAGGCCUGGUUACAGAAGUAGCUCACAUGGAAUAUAAGUUGAUAUUGGAAGGCCAAUCAAUCAGAUGGCAUAGCAAUACAGUUUCUAAUGCUGACUUGGAAGUGUUUUUAAAGGAAUAUACAUAGGCGUGCGACCUGGGUGUGCCCACAGGCAGGGAGGGAGGCAGGAGAAGGGUAAGAAGGGAGGGGAGCUCUAGCCAGCAGCUCCGCCGGGUUCCUCUCACGAGGUUGGAGCGUUGCCGCAGCAUCACUCAGAUCUCGCAAGAGUGAACUCUAGCCCGGCAGGCUGGAGUUCACUUACCACUGGACCACCAGGGAUGGCAGCAGUACAGUCCCCCCUCCCUACAAAAGGUAAGAAGGGAGGGGGGCUAUUAACUAAGUGGUCCCCCAACCCCACACAAUACACACAAACAGCACCCUUACACACAUCACCCUUACACACACAGCACCCACACACACACAGCACCCUUAAAGCACCCUCACACACAGCACCCUUACACAUACACACUAACAGCACCCUCACAAACACACAGACAGCACCCUCACACAUACAGCACCCUUACAAACACACACACAUACACACACACACCACCCUCACAACACACACCACACAAUUACACUCACACAGCGCCCUCACACACAGCGCCCUCACACACAGCAGUGUGUGUGUGUAUAUAUAUAUAUAUAUAUAUAUAUAUAUAUAUACGCGGCGUGUGUGUUUGUGCUUUAGGGUGCACACCCUUAUGCAAUAGGCUGCGCACAUCUAUGGGAAUAUAUAUAGCACAUAUUACCAGAAUUUAACAUAGAGGCCUUACACAGGUGUACAUGGGCUCCCAAAAAACAGAUCCUCUCCAAUGGGAGUCCCCAAAGACCACAGUCAGGAUUAAGUUUAUACACACUGUGAGCGAAAAAGUGGAAUAGUGGUUGAUGGAAGAUACAUCAGGCCUGAUUUGCUAAACAGCAACCAAGAAUUUUCAGUUAAGUUUGCAAUCUACAUUGCUGGUGCUCUGCAAAACAUGGUAUGGGUCCCUGGGGCGGAGUAUUUGGAGAGCAGGGUGGGCCAAUGCUCCAACAGCACUAAUUGCUGUGUAACAGACCAGAAUUUGGAUCUGACUUAAGAGUUUACUAAUUGGCACUCACCUGGAGCUAGUCAAUUAGCAGACAGGCCUUUAAAAGAAGAGAUCAGCCUGCUGCAGAGUGAGGGAGAAAAAAGAAAAGGAAAAGGAAAAGGAAAAGGAAAAGGAAAAGGAAAAGGAAAAGAAAAGAAAAGGAAAGAAAGAAAGAAAGAAAGAGCGAGCCAGCUAGGAGAGCUGAAGGAGAAAGAACAACAAUUGUGUUUAUUGCAAAUCCAUUUCUUUUUUGGGGGGAAAAUUGGUAAGUGGGAAAGCCACCCAAUUACAGAUAGUGAUUUCUGUCUAGUAAGAGCUCAAGUAAGAGCAAGGAAUUUUGUUUGUUUAUUAUUAUUAAAAGCACCUGCUUUCUUAUAAAAUAAAAAGAAAAACCGAGCUGAAUGUGUCCUGGACUUUGUAUACCCUAGAAGGCUGUGGUUACUGCAAGAUCUGUGACAAUCCUACCUGUAAAAGAGGUGGUUUGUUACAACACAAAUUGCUCCUUUUUCAGGCAGUCAAGGGAGGAAAAGAGUCCCAGACUAUAACCGAAUCUUUCCGUUCAACUAUAACUGAAUCUCUCUAUGCCAUACAGGGCCGGCGCGUCCAUAAGGCGGCACAGGCGGCCGCUUUAGGGCGCAAUAUUUCAGUGACUGGCAGGAGGGAAGCUCUCCCUCCUGCCAGGCCACCAUCUCGACCCCUGGCGCAGCAGUGCUGUGAUCAGGCGCGGCGAGGGAGCUCUAACCUAUCUGCUCUGCUCCCUCGCGUGCUGUCUGCUGAUGCCGUGGGAGCCGGAAUAUGACGUCAUAUUCCGGCUCCCGCGGCAUCAGUAGGCAGCCCACGAGGGAGCAGAGGAUGAAGAUUAGAGCUCCCUCGCUGCGCCUGAUCACAGCACUGCUGCAUGCCUCCCAACAGCCCCAGGGACAGAUCCAUCAUCCACACCAGCUCUCCAGGUAGGGAGGCUGGGUGGAAAAUGUGUAUUUAUAAAAUAAUUAGUGAAUGUAUGUGAUGUGUGUCUGUGAGUGACAAAGUGUGUGUGUCUGUGAGUGACAGUGUGUGUGUGUGUCUGUGAGUGACAGUGUGUGUGUGUCUGAGAGUGACAGAGUGUGUGCGUCUGUGAGUGACAGUGUGUGUGAGUGACAGUGUGUGUGAGUGACAGUGUGUGUGUGUGUGUCUGUGAGUGACAGAGUGUGUGUGUCUGUGAGUGACAGUGUGUGAGUGACAGAGUGUGUGUGUCUGAGUGACAGUGUGUGUGUGUGUAUGUGAGUGACAGAGUGUGUGUAUGUGAGUGACAGAGUGUGUGUGUCUGUGAGUGACAGAGUGUGUGAGUGACAGUGUGUGUGAGUGACAGUGUGUGUGAGUGACAAAGUGUGUGCGUCUGUGAGUGACAGUGUGUGUAGGUGACAAAGUGUGUGCAACUGUGAGUGACAGUGUGUGUGGUUGACAAAGUGUUUGCGUGUGUGAGUGACAUUGUGUGUGAGUGACAUAGUGUGUGUGUCUGUGAGUGACAGAGUGUGUGUGUGCGUGUGUGUGUGAGUGCGUCUGUGUGUGUGUGUGUCUGUGAGUGUCUGUGAGUGUAUGAGUGUGUCUGUCAGUGUAUUUGUCAGUGUAUGAGUGUGUGUCUGUCAAAUCAGUGAGAGUAUGUUUGUCAUUGAGUCUGUGUGUGACUAUCAGUGUGUCUGUCAAUGAGUGUCAAUCAGUGUGGGUCUGUCAGUGUCAAUGAAUGAGUGUGUGUCAGAUCAAUGAGUCUGUGUCUGUCAGUGACGUCUGUGUGUUUGUCAUUGAGUGUGUGACUGUCAGUGUGUACAGAGUGUAGUGGAGCAGAGCGCGGUACAGGAGCUUCUGUUUCCUGUACCUGGCCAGACUGACAGGAGGUGCUCACAGAGAGAGCACUCCCUGUCAGUCCGGCCGGGUACAGAAAACUGAAGCUCCUUUAGGGGAUCUGCUCCACUCGGCAAUGCAACAAUAGAGGUAGGAGGCACACCAGGAAGGGGAGUGUGACCACUAAAGGGGUGUGGGGUGCACCAAGGGACAGGGAGGGAAUGGGAGAGAAACACCAAGAGACAGGGAAAAUAGGGGGGAGGGGAGAAGAACACUAAGGGACAGGGAAGGGAAGGGACCACUAAUGGUCAGGGAGGGGAGAGGGGCUGGUUAAGAGGCACAUAGGUGAAGAUGUUAUUUUUUUGGGGGGGGGCAGAAAAAUGCAUCUUCGCCUAUGUACCUAAAAAUCCAAGCACCGGCCCUGAUGCCAUAAGAUCCUCUAUCAUUAAGACUAUGCUUACAAACUACUAAUUACCAGAAACAAUGAUACCGAGGGACGCUUCUUCAAUUGUGUGACAUACCCCCGCCUGCCGGAUCAGGCUGCCCCAAUGCAGCAAACAAGGUAGCUAAACAAUGGGUUAGUUAGUACCCACUCCAAACCAAUCUCAUCAGUCACGGCCAUUAAGAGUGGUGACAUAAGUAUCACUAUUAUAGUCAUUCUAUAUCUUUCAAGUGUUACCUAUCAAUCAUAGUUUUUGUGGUUUGUAUUUGUUUGGUUUUUUUACUGCAAGGGUAAAAUGUUAAUCUCCUUUCUAUUACUUCUAAACCAGUUCAGAUCAAACAUUACAUGGCUAUACAGACGGUUGGUCACAAAUGCAUCUUUAAACAUACCUGUAACGGACACCACUGCCUAUAACGGAUAUACCAAAAAAUUGUCCAAAGCAAUAGUUUUUUGGUGGAUAGUAUCCUUUUAGGUAGCAAAUAAGUUAAAGUAGUAAAAUUCUAGAUGAAGCAGAUGAGUCCUUUACAAGUAUGCAAAUUCUUAAAAUCCCUUGAUGUAUUCCAAAAUAUAAAACAAGAAGAAGCAGAAAACACUCCAAUGGUGCAAUAUAUUAGUAUUACCAAGGUAGAAAAAAUAAGCUAACAAUUGGUUACUUGCACUUUGUAGAGCUAUGGCGAGCUCUAGCGUAUUGGAUAAGAUCAUUUGCAUUUCAUAGUUCAAUAUAAUAUCUAACAUUUUACAUACCUAAAUUAUGUUUAUGGUUAUAUUUUUCACUGCUUGCACCCUUGCACAACACACAAUAGACUGAACACACUAAAUAAAUUAUUAAAAAAAUAGGAUUUUCUCUGUACAAACAGUUAAACAAACAAACAAACAAACGUUGAACAACUGUAUAUUGAUAACUAGUCCUACACUACUAGAAGCAGUGAUCCAGGCUAAGAGAGAGGAACUUUUGAGGAAUAAAAAACACUGAACAAAAAUUUAACUUAACAACAUUAGGAACAAUGAAGAAUGUAAUAUCCUAUCUCUUACUCAUAGUUGUUUAACCCCUUCAGGACGGAGUCAAUAGUACACGUUCUGAUCAAAACAAAAUGUAAAGAAAACCUGGACUUUGCCCUAUAUGUCUGUUCAACAGUAAUUCAGCUCUUCCAUAUUAAGUGCACCCACACUUAUUAUAUAUCAGUUUGUUCAGGAGAAACAGGGCUUUACUUUCAUAUCAAAUAUUAAUAUAUGAAGCAUAAUUUAUUAUGAAUAAAAUAAAAUAAACUUUUUUAAAAAAAAUUGUAGUUCCACCUCACAUUUUAGCUGUAAAUGUCAUAGUACUGUUAGCUUUUACUGCAAAAAAAAAACACAUAUUUGGAUUCAGCAAAGUCUCACGAGUACAACAGUAGCUCCCAUUAACAGUUUGUAUGGUGUUUUGGGAAGUUACAGGGUCAAAUAUAGCACAUUCCAUUUUUCAGUUUUUUCAAAUUGAAAUUUGCCAGAUUAGUAAUGUUACCUUUGAGACUGUGUGGUAGCCCAGGAAUUAGAUUUACCCCCAUGAUGGCAUACCAUUUGCAAAAGUAGACUACCCAAGGUAUUGCAAGUGGGUAUGUCCAGUCUUUUGUAGUAGCCACUUAGUCACAAACACUGGCCAAAGUUAGCAUUCAUUUUUGUUUUUGUGUGAAAAAAGCAAAAAAACUAAUAUUUGGCCAGUGUUUGUGAUUAAGUGGCUACUAAAAAUGACUGUAAAUACCCCAUUUGCAAUACCUUGAGUUGUCUACUUUUGCAAAUGGUAUGUCAUCAUGGGGGUAAUUCUUAUUCCUGGGCUACCUACGGGCUCAAAAGGCAACAUAACCAAUCUGGCAAAUUUCAAUGUGAAAAAAAUGUAAUGCAAGCCUUAUAUUUGACUCUCUAACUUUCCAAAACACCAUAAAAACUGUACAUGGGUGGUACUGUUAUACUUAGGAGACUUCACUGAACACAAAAAUAAGUGUUUUAAAACAGUAAAACGUAUUGCAAUAAUAUCGUCAGUAAAAGUGCAGUUCGUGUGUGAAAAAUGCAAAAAAAUUUACUUUUACUAAAAAUAUAAUUGUUGUAAUACAAGUUACCAUUUUGAAACACUAAUAUUUGUGUUCAGCAAAGUCUCCCAAGUAAAACAGUACCCCCCAUGUACAGAUUUGGUGUCUUGGAAAGUUACAGGGUUAAAUAUAGUGCUUGCAAUUCAAAUUCUCUGCACUUUCUGCCUGGGUUGUCAGGCAUGUCAAUCAAAUUUUUAUAAAUUAAAUCGCAUAAUUAUGUUAAAAUAUUACUUAAAUAUACACGUAGAAUUUUAAUAUAUAUACAUAUAUAUGUAUUUAAAGUCUACAUGUAUACUUAUGUAGUUAUUUAUGUAAUUAUAUAUAUUUAUCUGUUUAUAUAUAUUUGUGGUUAUUUGUAUUUUAUAUAUAUAUAGAUAUAGAAUGUCAUUCUAAGUGUAUUUUGUUACCAAUAUAUACAUAUACAAACACACUGCACCCCCUGCACUAACACACAAACACACUGCACCCCCUGCACUAACACACAAACACACUGCAGCCCCUGCACUAACACACUUCACACACUUCACACACUGCACCCCCUGCACUAACACACAAACAUACUGCACCCCCUGCACUAACACACAAACACACUCUAUACAAACUACAGCCCCUGCAUUAACACACAACACACACUCUAUACCCCUAUAUCCACACUACACCCCCUGCACUUACAUACAAACCCACUCUCUAUACCCUUUAUAUACACACUAUACCCCCAGCACUCACCUACACACUCUGUACCCCCUAAACAUACACUACACUCCCUGCACUUUCAUACGUUAUGCCCCUUUAAACACAUACAUUACAUCCCCUGCAUGCAAACACACUAAUUUAUAUCCCCUAUAAAUACAUAUUCCGCACCCCCUGUACACACUACACCACCUAUGCAUACAUCACCGCACCUAUACACAUGUGCUCUACAGCUCUUAUAUGCAUACACACACUAGAACCCCUAGAUACACUCACAAACACACAGUAAAGCUCUUUACAUGCACACACUACAUCCCAUAGGCCCUCACACUCUACAGGCCCUAUAUAAAUACACACACACAGACACACAAACACACACACAUACUUUACAACCCAGAAACACACACUGCAGCCCCUAGCCACAUGCAGUACACCAUAAACAUACCUCCUUACACACAAUACAACACAAAUAGUCUGUUUUACACACAUGCAACCUCCAGGCGCGUGAUAUUAACAUACUCAUUUGGUGGAGGGGAGGGGGUGUGCAUGUCAAAGGUGGUGACAUGACACGCCCCCUUUCUGACCCCACCCCUAGUAAUGGGCUGCUCUGCCUUUAAUUGCCCGGGCUGAAUUUUUGUCCCAGUCCGGCCCUGCUUGUCAUUGUGCUACACACAAUUUUCUCUAUCAAAAAGUUAGUUCAGAGGCUUAAAAUACUGGUCUGAAUAACCAAACACACAAUUAUUGAAUCAUAAUAUUACAGUUUUGAAAAGGAAAAAAGAAACAACUAUGACUAUUUUCCUUAUUAUUCAGGUGGUCUGACCAUGGCAUCCGUAAACAAGAGUAUCAACACAUUUUCACUUAAUCUUUACAAAGAACUGAGCAGCUCUAACAAUGAGAAGAGUGUUUUCUGCUCACCUAUAAGCGUAGCAUCAGUACUGUCAAUGCUGAACUUGGGUGCCAGAGGAGACACACAGAGGCAAAUAAAGAAGGUAAGUAAAUCUCUUUGCAAAACUACGUAGCACUAAUGCACAGAAUUAAAGGAACACUUCAAACACCAAAACUACUACAUCUAGCUGUGGUAGUUAUUGUGCCAGGAGUUCCCUGAUGCUCCUCAUUGAAAGUAGGCAGAGUUGGAUGUUCCAAAACAGUAACUUCUGUUGGCAUUCCUUAGCUCUUAAGCGCUUACCUCAUUGGCUAGGACCAUCAGGGAUCAUUAGUAAUGAAGUUAAGGAGCGGCACCCAGCAAAGCCCAGGGAAGAAAUCAAACCAUUCAAAACUAGCUUGACUAUUUGCAAUGUGGGGCACCAGGUCACCCCAAGCACCACAGUGAUAACUGUAAGUUGAUUAAUGUGUUUUCCUUUAAUAAUUACUGGUUAUGGAUUGACUUUGAAAUAAGUGUGUUAGAAAUGAAUUCUAUUUCCAUCCUGCCAUAAGAGACAAACCCACUAGAGGAGAAGAAAGGAAAAAUUUGCCAAAGGAACACUCACAACACUUCUCCAGGUCCAUCUAAUUCAAUCACCUCAUGCUAACAAACACCCACUGGGAACGGCUGACAUGUCUGCUGUAAUGAGUCUUAAAGUAGUGUUAAAUUAAAGCCUGAAGUUAGGAAAAGAGUCAAACUCAGUCCUUGUAGAGUCCUUUUUAAAUACUGAAUGUUUUCAGUCUUAUACACCUUUUUAAAGGGACACUAUAGUCACCUGAACAACUACAGCUUAAUGUAGUUGUUCAGGAGAUAUCUAUAGCUCCAUGCAGGCAAUCUAGAUUUUCAGAGAAAAUACAGUGUUUACAUUGAUUGACAGGAAUACCUCCAGUGGCCGUCACUCAGACGGCCACCAGAGGGACUUCCUAUCAUGUAUGGCCCUAAAAAGGCCAUGUACAUGUCAGACGUAUUAAAAUACGUCUGACGUGUGCAGGUGAGAGAAGGCACUGUGUGCGUGCCUUCUCUCUCCUGCCUGUCAGCAGUGGAAAGGGGGCAGGCAAAGACCGUGAGCUGAGCUGUCAGUCAGUUCAGCUCGCGGCCGCGCACACCGCGUGCAUUCGCAGUAGUGCCGCCCUAUGAAGUAUGUGCACAUGUGCGGAGAAGCAAUGAUGCUUCCAAAUGGAAGCGUCCGAUUGCUCCCUGCUCAUGUCCGCCUAUUUUGUCAUUUGGACGAAAUAGGGGGCGCGGCUUCACGAGGCUCCCGGCGCUGGAACCAGGUGAGUAAAAAGUUCUGCCUGGAGAGUCUCUUUAAACAAUGCUUUUAAAAUACAUCAUGAAAACAAGUUUGGAUAAUUUCAGUAUUUCCAUAUUGUAACGGAUCACCUUGCACCCCGACUGGGUACCUCUGUUGAUGGGUGUUUCCCGAGGGCUCCAAGCGCUCCACUUGACACCAUAAGCACUGCAGACCCCACGAACCGCCGCAGCUUGGUUGGGGUCUCGCCGUCUCCUACCCACCCUGGACCUACGACAAGGCUCCAGUGGGUGAACCUCUCUUCCUUCAGAGAGCGAAGCAGGAACAAGCUCUUAAAAGAGCUUAGUGAUUAUAGCCAGGGGAGUAUACAGCGUAUAGCAAUCCCCAGUGUAGAUGCAGCCUUUUCCCCCACACAUGAGACGAGGCUCUAUGUUGAGGGUAAAACCGGAACUCAGCAGUCUGAGGGUUUAUUGUCUCUUAUAUACAGAUUUUUCCACAAGGUUACCACCCACGUGGACCUUGUGGAACACAGGAUACAAAGUUACAAAGCCAAUAAGGACAGACUUGUACAGUUAGACACGCCCAGAUAAUGUACACAAACCCUCCCCUCUGCUUGGGAGAUAAUUGAGUAAGAUACUGUAAUUAACUCAAUUAUCCCCAAGCAGAAAAAAACAAUUUUUUCACAAAAUACAGAAAACACCCCAAAACACCAUGUAUCCCCAUAAAUUAUACAUCACUGGAUAGCCCUGAUCUAGGUUAACAACAUACCCAAGAAUCACCCAGAUCAGAGCAGGGGUUCAGGAAAUUCCUGGAAGUCAUAUUUGACCGACCGCAAGCAUGGCUUUUUAUGCCCAAAACAGUUCCACAGAUUUAGGCAAUGCGGCCAGUCUAUCUCCUGCUCUAUCCUGGAGAUAAUUGGCUUAAGUGGCUGUGGUAACUUAAUUAUCUCCAGUAACAGGAACUAUCUCUAAGUCAAAAACUGUUACAAAAACCACAUAAAUUUACAAAACUCUUAUAAUACAAUGUUUAACCUAUAUGUCCAACAUAUCCCCAUAGCUUGGAUCUGAGCGCUCAAUAUGUCCAGUGUUAAAAGUGCACUAUAGUACCAGUAAGGGUGGGGUCAGAAAAUAGCAAGGGCUGAUGGGAGAUUGAGGAGGGACAAAGCAGCCUGUUUCAACGCCCUGCUGGAGAACAAUACGACAGGAAAAAGGGGGGCGGGAGGAGGCACAAUCCAGUAAGACCAAAUAAACAUUUUAGCAUGUCUUUUUGCAGGGUCCAUAAUCCUGAGGCAAAAGGCUGGCAAACAGGCCCCUCCAAAACCCAGUGGCGAGGUUAUUUUCGCCACACAUAUUCUAUUCUAUUUUCAGGAAACAAAGCAAAGGUAAAGAAGGAAUCCCCCAGUCAUAUAUUUCUGUUGAGCCAGUGUGCAAAACAGUCAAUGCUGCCUUUGUUAGGAAGUGUACAGAGUGACAUAUUCUCAGACACAUUGGGAUGACACAUAUAGCUGAUGUGGCCUCCAACAAAGCAACUCUUUUAAAACAAUCUAUACCCACAUUUAAAGGCAUGCUCUUGGCACUAUAACUACUUUACCUCACUGAAGAUUAGAUUAGAUUAGGUUGUCUCUAACAUAUGAUAAUGAUAGGAACUGCAUAAUUGGUGUUCUGCACUUUUUACUUGUUUCCCAUAUGACAAUGAAAAGUUAAAAUGGUCAUGUCAAAAACAGAUAAUUCACAUAUAAAUUCAAUAUACCGAAAUUGACAAAACAAUAUAAUAAUAAUUAUUAUUAUCAUCAUUAUUAUUAGUAGUAGUAGUAGUAGUAUUCCAGCCCUAGUUGACAAAGGUGUAAAAUCUGGUUAUGUGUACCAAAAACCUGAGUAAAAUUCUUCAGAAGUGAAAGGAAAAAAGGAAACAGAAUAUUAUGAUCUUUGAAAGAACUGCAAAUAACUGCAACAUGUGUUAGUGCGUUAUAUGUAUGUAUACGCAGUGUUUUGAUAAUUACAGGUUUUGGAAUUUGGUGAAUUUACUGAAGCGAGAGUUAAACCUCCCAAUCGAUGUGAAAAUCCAGCCCAAGGCAUUCAGCAAACGCAGCGAGUUCAGAAGCAGACGGUAAUAUCCCUUUAA